AUGGGGCAUAAAAAGACCGAAUGUGCCAGAAAGCCACCUAAAAAGAAAGCUGUUCGAGCUAAGGCUCCCAAAAAGACGCCAACAGUCAUCGAUGGCGUCUCCACGAGUGACAUGACGAAGGAACAGUUGGAGGAGCACGUGAUGCGGCUCCGCGAAGAGAUGGAGCGAGAGCGUCAAGAACGCAAUUACUAUCAACUGGAGAGGGACAAGAUAAACACCUUUUUGGAGGUCACAAAGAAGCAGCUGGAGGCCAGGAACGCAGAACUGCGCCUAAAAGGUCGCGAAAUAGAAGAGGCCGAGGAGCGUCACCUGUUGGAACUGAAGGUGUACAAGCAAAAGGUGAAACACUUGCUGUUUGAAAAUCAAAAUGGCAUAACGGAAGGCAAGCAGGAGCUGGUUUCAGCACUGCGGCUGGCUGAGGAGAGUUUCGGCGAACAAAAGGACAUGAUUGUGCAGGACAAGCGUCUUCUCAAGCUGGAGGAGAACAGACAUCAAAAUCAAGAGAAGCUGAAGACACUACAGGAAGCCAUGGAGUUACAGAGGAAGACGGAACUUCAUGAGACGGAAGAGCGGAAGAAUAAUCAGAUCAAUACGCUGAUUCAAAAUCACGAGAAAUCCUUCUCUGAUAUUAAAAAUUACUACAAUGACAUCACAUUGAACAACCUCUCACUCAUUAACAACUUGAAGGAAAAAAUCGAGGAAAUGCGCACAAACGAAGAACGACUACAGCUGCACAACACGGAAUUGACUACACAAAACAAGAAUCUGCUGGAGCCAUUAACACGGAUAAAACAGGAAAAUGCUGACUUGAAACGAGCCCUGGAGAAUCACGAGCGUGACGUUCGCGCACUAAAGAUAACGAAGGAUCAACUGAAGAAGACAAAGCAGAGCUUAAAAGAUCUGCAGUUUGAAUUCGAAGUUGUCAGUCAGCGUCUCCAAUUCGUGAGUGUAACACCGAGUUUUUCGUCCUCAUUUUCCACCCUUUAUUUGCUUAAUAAGGAGCCCUGCAUAAAUGAACUGAAAUUAAUGGACAACAGUGUUGAUUCAAGUCGAUACGUACAGUGGAACGUCGAUUAA